AUGGAGAGCGCCGAUCUGGAAAGAACUUAUUCCCGAGAACAGCAGGGCUUAGGUCCGGGGCACGAGGCUAUCACAUCGCCGGUCGCUCUUGUUCGGAGUUUUACAUCAAAGAGUCAGAAGAGUUCAACAAGUCGACAAAGCUCAAGGAAUCGCACCGGUGUAGAAAGCUCACGUGCUGCGCGGCUGAGGGAACUUGAAAAAAAUGCCGACGACCUUUCUGAUUCUGACAAAGAAGAUGCGAUCGAGAAAGUUGCGUCACGAACACCCUCAACGCUGAGUUUGCCUGGAAGGUCGAAUGCUUCGUCGGUGACGUCGAGUGCUCACAAUGGCUAUGCAAGUAGGCGACAUAUCAUUCGCUUUGAAGAUGGAGAUCCCGAGAACCCUAAUAACUGGGGUCGCUGGAAGAAGAUCUACGCCCUUAUUGUCGCCAUUAUGAGUGUCAUGAACAGUACCAUGACGUCGAGCCUGGCAGCCGGUGCUGCAGUCCCUAUAUCUCGUCAUUUCAACGAAUACAACGAGUAUAAGCUCAUUUUGCCAACGUCAAUGUACCUUGUCGGCUAUGCAUGCGGUCCUAUGCUUUGGGGUCCGCUCUCGGAAUCGUACGGCCGCAAGGGAACAAUGGUAAUUUCUUUCGCCUUUUUUACAAUCUUUUCGAUCGCUUCAGCGCUUGCGCCAAACUUCGCGGCGCUAGUCAUCUUCAGGCUGCUAGUAGGCGUGGGAGGUAGUUGUGCCAUCAGCGUUGUGGGUGGCAUAUGCGCGGAUAUAUAUCACAAUCCCAAGUAUCGUGGUAGGAGUAUGGCUAUUUUCAUGGCUGCGACAACUUUUGGCCCUAUUCUAGGUCCUUUAGUCUCAGGCUACAUCGCCGUUGUCUCCUGGAGCUGGGCCUUCUGGGUCGGAGCCAUCUUCGCCGGUGCAACAUGGCCGCUCUUCUACUUCUUCGACGAAACUUACGGCCCAACAAUCUUGAAGCGGCGAGCUCAAAGAUUACGCAAAGAAACACGCGAUGAGAGUAUUAUAGCGCCGCUGGAGCUAGAGAAGACAGAUUUGAACCACAUCAUCACGGUAAUCUUGACAAGACCAUUACGCAUGAUCUGCUUCGAGCCUCUGGUACUCUUCACUUGCCUGUAUCUAAGCUAUGCAUAUGCCAUAUUCUACAUCUUCCUACAAUCUUACCCAAUCAUCUUCCAAGGCAUAUAUCACUUCAACGCAGGCGAAACCGGCCUCGCAUUCCUCCCCAUCGGCGUUGGCGCAAUCAUCUCCGCUGGUAUCUAUUUAUCCUGGGAUUGGUACCUGGCACGCGCCCAACGUCUAAACCGUCCUUGGUCGCAGAAUGAAGAAAUGCGUCGUCUACCUUUAGCAUGUAUAGCCGGCCCGUUCUUUGUCAUCAGUGCGUUUUGGCUAGGCUGGACGAGCCGAGAAGGCAUACACUGGAUCGUUCCUACUCUCGCUGGCAUCUUGUUCGGUAUGGGGUACUUGUGUCUUUUUAUGGCGUUACUCAACUACCUCGUUGACGCAUACGAAGUUUUCGCUGCAAGUGCCAUGGCCGCCGCCUCACUAUCCCGGUCUUCUUUUGGUGCUGUGUUGCCCUUUGCUGCCAAGCCAAUGUAUAGGGCUAUGGAUGUGGCUUGGGCAACCAGCUUACUAGGCUUCUUCAGUCUGGCGCUCUGUGUUGUGCCGUUUGUGUUUGUGACGUGGGGUGGUAGGAUGCGGGACCGAAGUAAGUUUUGUCAGUAUCUGAGGCAGAAAAAGAGAGAAGAGGAGGAUGAGAGGGAGAAAGAGAGGGAGAAAGAGAGGGCGGCAUUGAGGGCCUGCGAGAUCAAAGCUAAGACGAAUAAGUUCAAGGAAAAGGAAGAUGUAUAG